UAUCAACAUGGUUGGAUUUACCAAGAAGUCUGGACAGUCAUAGGAAAGUGUCCCGUUCACUUCUGAUCUGUGGUGUUUGAUAAGUGGCAGAACUAUGGAGUAUCCUCUGGUGGGGGUUCUCAUCCUGGUGCUGCUCAACUUCACUACAGAUGUCUCUGGCCAGGUGGUGGUUCCCUCGAUGAACCCCUUAGCUGUGGGCAGUAAUGUCACCCUGAACCUAGUUCCUCAAAGCCCCAUCAACAUAGGGACCUGGUCAUAUGAAACUACAACCAUCGUACUUUUCUAUCCUGGUGGCAGUAGUGUGAGUACAAGUUAUCGAGGCAGAGUCUUAUUCUCCUCCUCAGAGCUGUCCAUAAGCUCUCUACAACUCAACGACUCAGGACGAUAUACCGUGCAGGGAAUGGAGCCAGUCCUGAAUGCUGUGGUGACUUUGUCUGUCCAGGAGCCCAUUUCAAACGUGACUCUAAGGGCCAACGCCACUGAUCUAGUGGAAUUGAACGACACUGCCAUUUUCACCUGCUCCGUCUCCUCUGGCACCUCCCUCUCCUACCGCUGGCUGAAUGGCAGCUCAGAGGUCACAGCUAGUGACAGAGUUCGGCUUGGUGGUGGGACCAGCACUCUUACCAUAGUCAGUGUGACACGAUACGAUGAAGGGCCGUUCAGAUGUGAGGUCAUCAACGGAAUCAGCAACGGCACCAGCCAGCCCAUUGGCCUCAAUGUUAGAUAUGGCCCAAGUAACCUCACCAUGAUGGUAGUUCCUGAGAUGACCAUAGGACAUACAGCCUACAAGACGGGCUCUGACAUCACUCUGUCCUGCUCCGCUCAGUCCAAACCCGCUGAGUCUUACAUGUGGAGGUUUAAUGGGAUGUUCCUCAACGAGCAAAGCCCACAGCUCAACCUGCAGAACACGAAGGCGAACCAGACAGGAAGAUACUCCUGCUUAGCCUACAAUAAUGUCACAAUCCAAUUUGCCAAUAUAAACACAAUGAUAAAGAUCGUGGAGCCGAUAUCAGCGGUUUCGUUGAACCGUGAUGGGAAGCCACCAAUACUGGAUCAGUCGUUCACUCUGCGGUGUGAGGUGACUGAACCUGUAGACUACAUUCACUGGCUGAUGAACGGCCAGCUCAUCUCCCUAAACAACAGAACAUUAUUCUCUACGGGCAACAAGACAAUGGUUAUCAAUCCAAUCCAAUUUUCUGACAAUGGAGAAUAUCUCUGUGAGGCCUUUAAUGCUGUCAGCAACCUGACCAGCAUGACAUACAAGCUUGUGGUGAACUUUGGACCAGAGAGACCUGCUAUAACUACUCCGGAUAUAGCAAUGACAGGACACAUCGUGACCUUCAACUGCUCAGCCUCCUCUCAGCCUCUCAGCCAGUUCAGCUGGUUCUUCAAUGGCUCCCAGGUGGCGACUGGCUCAGUGUAUGAGACUGGCCCACUGACCUUAGCCAGUCAUGGAGAAUACACCUGUGUGGCCUUCAACAACAUCACUUGCAGAAACAGCACUGUCUCCAAGAUGCUCACUGUUGUUGCACCUGUGACCAUGACCAUGGUGAAAGUCAUUGGAGCCCAGCCAAUACUGAAUGAGAGAUUCUCUCUGACCUGUGGCACCGCUGGAACGGUUUACUCCAUUCACUGGAUGAGGAACGGCUGGCCUCUGUAUGCUGACAACAGAACAGACUUCUCUAUGAACAACAAUACACUGACAUUCAACUCAUUACAGCAUUCUGACAAUGGAGACUAUCAGUGUUCUGCCUCCAACCCCUUCAGCAACAUGACCAGCCCAUUCUACAAACUAAUCAUCAACUAUGGACCGGAGAUAACGAUUAUAAUAGGACCAGCAUUAGGAGAAACAGGACACAGUGUGACCUUCAACUGCUCGGCCUCCUCUCAGCCUCUCAGCCAGUUCAGCUGGUUCUUCAAUGGCUCCCAGGUGACUACAGGCUCAGUGUAUGAGAUGGGCCAUCUGACUUUAGCCAGUCAUGGGGAAUACACCUGUGUGGCCUUCAACAACAUCACUGGCAGAAACAGCACUGUCUCCAAGAUGCUCACUAUUGUUGCAACAGUGACCAUGACCAUGGUGAAAGUCAUUGGAGCCCAGCCAAUCCUGAAUGAGAGAUUCUCUCUGACCUGUGGCACCGCUGGAACGGUUUACUCCAUUCAGUGGAAGAGGAACGGCUGGCCUCUGUAUGCUGACAACAGAACAGACUUCUCUAUGAACAACAAUACACUGACAUUCAACUCAUUACAGCAUUCUGACAACGGAGACUAUCAGUGUUCUGCCUCCAACCCCUUCAGCAACAUGACCAGCACAGAAUACAGACUGAUCGUCAACUAUGGACCGGAGUUGCCUAUAAUAACAGGACCAGCAUUAGGAGAAACAGGACACAGCGUGACCUUCAGCUGCUCAGCUUCCUCUCAGCCUCUCAGCCAGUUCAGCUGGUUCUUCAAUGGAUCCCAGGUGGUGACAGGCUCAGUGUAUGAGACGGGCCCACUGACCUUAGCCUGUCAUGGGGAAUACACCUGUGUGGCCUUCAACAACGUCACUUGCAGAAACAGCACUGUCUCCAAGAUGCUCACUAUUGUUGCACCUGUGACCAUGACCAUUGUGAAAGUCGUUGGAGCCCAGCCAAUACUGAAUGAGAGAUUCUCUCUGACCUGUGGCACCGCUGGAACGGUUUACUCCAUUCAGUGGAUGAGGAACGGCUGGCCUUUGUAUGCUGACAACAGAACAGAUUUCUCUAUGAACAACAAUACACUGACAUUCGACUCAUUACAGGAUUCUGACAACGGAGACUAUCAGUGUUCUGCCUCCAACCCCCUCAGCAACAUGACCAGCCCAGAAUACAGACUGAUGGUCAACUAUGGACCGGAGAUGCCUAUAAUAACAGGACCAGCAUUAGGAGGAACAGGACACAGCGUGACCUUCAACUGCUCAGCUUCCUCUCAGCCUCUCAGCCAGUUCAGCUGGUUCUUCAAUGGAUCCCAGGUGGCGACAGGCUCAGUGUAUGAGAUGGGCCAUCUGACUUUAGCCAGUCAUGGGGAAUACACCUGUGUGGCCUUCAACAACAUCACUUGCAGAAACAGCACUGUCUCCAAGAUGCUCACUGUUGUUGCACCUGUGACCAUGACCAUGGUGAAAGUCAUUGGAGCCCAGCCAAUCCUGAAUGAGAGAUUCUCUCUGACCUGUGGCACCGCUGGAACGGUUUACUCCAUUCACUGGAUGAGGAACGGCUGGCCUCUGUAUGCUGACAACAGAACAGACUUCUCUAUGAACAACAAUACACUGACAUUCAACUCAUUACAGCAUUCUGACAAUGGAGACUAUCAGUGUUCUGCCUCCAACCCCGUCAGCAACAUGACCAGCACAGAAUACAGACUGAUGGUCAACUAUGGACCGGAGUUGCCUAUAAUAACAGGACCAGCAUUAGGAGAAACAGGACACAGCGUGACCUUCAACUGCUCAGCUUCCUCUCAGCCUCUCAGCCAGUUCAGCUGGUUCUUCAAUGGAUCCCAGGUGGCGACAGGCUCAGUGUAUGAGACGGGCCCACUGACCUUAGCCUGUCAUGGGGAAUACACCUGUGUGGCCUUCAACAAUGUCACUUGCAGAAACAGCACUGUCUCCAAGAUGCUCACUGUUGUUGCACCUGUGACCAUGACCAUGGUGAAAGUCAUUGGAGCCCAGCCAAUACUGAAUGAGAGAUUCUCUCUGACCUGUGGCACCGCUGGAACGGUUUACUCCAUUCAGUGGAUGAGGAACGGCUGGCCUCUGUAUGCUGACAACAGAACAGAUUUCUCUAUGAACAACAAUAUACUGACAUUCGACUCAUUACAGAAUUCUGACAACGGAGACUAUCAGUGUUCUGCCUCCAACCCCCUCAGCAACAUCACCAGCCCAGAAUACAGACUGAUCGUCAACUAUGGACCGGAGAUGCCUAUAAUAACAGGACCAGCAUUAGGAGGAACAGGACACAGCGUGACCUUCAACUGCUCAGCUUUCUCUCAGCCUCUCAGCCAGUUCAGCUGGUUCUUCAAUGGAUCCCAGGUGGCGACUGGCUCAGUGUAUGAGACGGGCCCACUGACCUUAGCCUGUCAUGGGGAAUACACCUGUGUGGCCUUCAACAACAUCACUUGCAGAAACAUCACUGUCUCCAAGAUGCUCACUAUUGUUGCACCUGUGCCCAUGACCAUGGUGAAAGUAAAUGGAGCCCAGCCAAUACUGAAUGAGAGAUUCUCUCUGACCUGUGGCACCGCUGGAACGGUUUACUCCAUUCAGUGGAUGAGGAACGGCUGGCCUCUGUAUGCUGACGACAGAACAGAUUUCUCUAUGAACAACAAUACACUGACAUUCAACUCAUUACAGCAUUCUGACAACGGAGACUAUCAGUGUUCUGCCUCCAACCCCCUCAGCAACAUGACCAGCCCAGAAUACAGACUGAUCGUCAACUAUGGACCGGAGAUGCCUAUAAUAACAGGACCAGCAUUAGGAGGAACAGGACACAGCGUGACCUUCAACUGCUCAGCUUCCUCUCAGCCUCUCAGCCAGUUCAGCUGGUUCUUCAAUGGCUCCCAGGUGACUACAGGCUCAGUGUAUGAGAUGGGCCCACUGACCUUAGCCUGUCAUGGGGAAUACACCUGUGUGGCCUUCAACAACAUCACUUGCAGAAACAGCACUGUCUCCAAGAUGCUCACUGUUGUUGCAACAGUGACCAUGACCAUGGUGAAAGUCAUUGGAGCCCAGCCAAUCCUGAAUGAGAGAUUCUCUCUGACCUGUGGCACCGCUGGAACGGUUUACUCCAUUCAGUGGAAGAGGAACGGCUGGCCUCUGUAUGCUGACAACAGAACAGACUUCUCUAUGAACAACAAUACACUGACAUUCAACUCAUUACAGCAUUCUGACAAUGGAGACUAUCAGUGUUCUGCCUCCAACCCCGUCAGCAACAUGACCAGCACAGAAUACAGACUGAUGGUCAACUAUGGACCGGAGAUGCCUUUAAUAACAGGACCAGCAUUAGGAGGAACAGGACACAGCGUGACCUUCAACUGCUCAGCUUCCUCUCAGCCUCUCAGCCAGUUCAGCUGGUUCUUCAAUGGAUCCCAGGUGGCGGUUGGCUCAGUGUAUGAGAUGGGCCCACUGACCUUAGCCUGUCAUGGGGAAUACACCUGUGUGGCCUUCAACAACAUCACUUGCAGAAACAGCACUGUCUCCAAGAUGCUCACUAUUGUUGCACCUGUGACCAUGACCAUUGUGAAAGUAAAUGGAGCCCAGCCAAUACUGAAUGAGAGAUUCUCUCUGACCUGUGGCACCGCUGGAACGGUUUACUCCAUUCAGUGGAUGAGGAACGGCUGGCCUCUGUAUGCUGACAACAGAACAGACUUCUCUAUGAACAACAAUACACUGACAUUCAACUCAUUACAGAAUUCUGACAACGGAGACUAUCAGUGUUCUGCCUCCAACCCCCUCAACAACAUGACCAGCCCAGAAUACAGACUGAUGGUCAACUAUGGACCGGAGAUGCCUAUAAUAACAGGACCAGCAUUAGGAGGAACAGGACACAGCGUGACCUUCAACUGCUCAGCUUCCUCUCAGCCUCUCAGCCAGUUCAGCUGGUUCUUCAAUGGCUCCCAGGUGGCGACUGGCUCAGUGUAUGAGACGGGCCCACUGACCUUAGCCUGUCAUGGGGAAUACACCUGUGUGGCCUUCAACAACAUCACUUGCAGAAACAGCACUGUCUCCAAGAUGCUCACUAUUGUUGCGCCAAUCACCUCAGUGUCCAUAAGUACCGGUGGAACCCAGGCGAUAGAGGGUGACUCCUUUACAAUGACUUGCAAUAUCGUUGGUGAUCCUAGCUCCAUUCACUGGUGGAAGAACCUCACGUUAGUGCAUCUGGAUAACAGAACCCACGUCUCUUUCAACAACAGAACACUGACCUUCAACCCUGUCCAGUAUUCUUCCUAUGGAGAAUAUCAGUGUAUGGCCAGAAAUAGUGUGAGCAACAGAACUAGCAACCGCUACACACUCCUAGUGAAUUAUGGACCCAAGCAACCUGUGAUAGCUGGUGCACCCAUUGCCGAAACAGAACAAAGAGUGAUCUUCAACUGCUCAGCCUCCUCUCAGCCUCUCAGCCAGUUCAGCUGGUUCUUCAAUGGCUCCCAGGUGGCAACAGGCUCAGAGUAUGAAGCUGGCCCACUGACCUUAGCCAGUCAUGGGGAGUAUACCUGUGUGGCCUUCAACAACGCCACUGGCAGAAACAGCACUGUCUCCAAGAUGCUCACCGUCAUUGAGGCUAUAAAGUCGGUGAUGGUGAAACGAAACAAAACGCCGAUAUCAUCUGACAACCUAACCCUGACCUGUGAUGUCACCGGGCGCUAUGACACCAUCUACUGGAUGAAGGACAACCUGUCUCUGGUCCUGAACAACACCUUGAACUCUGACAUAACCAUCUCUAACAACUCUCUGCACUUCAGUCCAGUCAAGGUGUCUAACGAUGGAAACUAUCAGUGCGUCGCCACCAACCUCCUUCGCCCACACACCAGCCCUAAAUACCAGCUAUUGGUGAACUAUGGCCCUUUGAGUGUGAACGUCUCUGGCCCAGGCUUAGUGGUGAUUGGCUCAGUAAUCUCUGUCAGUCUGAAGUGCUCAGCUGACUCCCGGCCAACCAGCGAGUACCGGUGGAAAUACAACAACCAAGCAUUGCCCGCGACUGGUCCUUUGAUGGCUGUAGGUGUCUCCUUGAAAAAUGCAGGGAUUUACACCUGUGUGGCCAAGAACUCUCUAACUAACAUCUCAAUGUCCAAGACCAUUAGUCUGGAUGUCACUGGCCACUCGCCUGCCCCUCAAUUCCAGUCCAGAGUUGGUCUGAUGUUGAUGAGCCUUGCAGCUCUCUCUCUGCCUCUGAUCAACCACUGAGACUACCACACUGCAUGUCUACUGGCUGGGAGCCAAUCACUCCCAUCCCUCUACCCUCACUGAUCUGAAAAAGGACUGGAUAGAAAUAAGUAGUAUUGUCAAUAUUGUAAUUGCCCAAUCAUACCAUUAUAGGGCUGGGUUUAGUGUGCUUAGCUCUUUUCCAAUGCUUUUAGAUUGUGAGGAGAGAGUCAACAUGAGGUCAGAAGGGAGGGGCCUAUCCCCUUAGAAUAGAACCCACUUCAACAGUUUGUUUUUAUGUCAAUCAUCUCUAUAAACUGAUAUUCUUUUAAAAAACUGGUCUUCCACAUGGUAAUUGAAGGCGCAAAGAUUCGCUGCUCAGUUGUGCUGCCUAUUUCUGAUUCUAAAUAAAAGUUAUUAGAUAUUCACUGCC